CCGUGUUGGCCACCACAGCCUCAUCACUGGAUCUGUCUGCUCGCAGGAUUCAGUGUUUCAACACUGAAGCCGUGAUGAGAUGGCCCACCGGCUAGACUCCCGGCAAUGCUCUGUCUGCCACUGUUGCGGACAGGCACGGCAUUCAAGGGUUGUCACAUCCUCAUCUUGUAUAAUACCACACAUGACUACGUACAAAGCAGCGCGCGAUUCAGCAAGCCCGCCACGCAAUGGCGACGCCAGAGCAAAUUGCCGCUCUUUUACAGUCGGUCCUCUCCAAUCCGACGUACAACGGCUUGACUAUGACAAGGUACCUCCAAAUAUCUUCACUCGCGUGCGCGUUAUACGACCAUGCUUUAACCCUUGGCGACGAGAUCGACUAUAUAUGGUCUGGGCGGUUCAGUCAUAUCAAGGGUUUGUAUAUCCUCAUCCGCUACGGUAUCGAAGGUUCCCUCUUCUACACUGCUUACAUGCUGAGCGGUUUCAGACCCCCUUUAAAUGAAGAGGUGUGCAAGUCUUUUGUGGCCGUGUUAUGGGCACUUACAAUGAUGUUCUCAAUCUCUACCAAUCUGUACGUCGCAUUCCACCACUACAUCGUAUGGGAUCGCGAAAAGAAGACGUUGUACGUUAUACUCUUGUGUCUCCUUGCGUGCUACGUCCCUGCCACUAUUGUCGGCAUAAAAUCUGUGUUUGACUACCGCGAAUAUGUGGUUUACCUUGCUGUCGUCGACCAGUGUGCCCUUGCACACCAGCCUGACAUCAUCAAGAGCUUCUGGGGCUGCCUGCUCGCCUUUGACAUCCUUGCUGUUGCCAUCGUUAUCGCGAACUCGUUCCACCGACCACACGCCCAUCGCCAGGAUAUCCUCUCUUCGCUCCGUCGCGACGGCGCCAUCUGGUUUACUGGCAUCAUGAUUCUUCGUUUGAUGAACCUCGUGCUCAGCAUCACGGCGGAGCCUCAAGAUGUGUUCCUGGUCGUAUUUAAUAUUUGGUCAUUCAUCGCUAUCACGCUCGCACGAGUCAUCCUUCGCACGGAGGGACUCAAGGAGCACAAGCCCGGAACCGUGCGCAUAUGGAACACCCGCUCGGAGGCCUUUGAGCUGAGCCGACUUGCAAGUAACAACUAAGCAUCACGAGUCAUCACAAUUUUCAAACUAACCCCGAACUGUGUACCGAUAUGACCGCAUGUGGCCUACGGCCGAACUUAUGCAGUAUAUUUAUG